CAAUCGCACAAUGACAUGGAGGAGGAUUACAGAGGAUGCGUGUCUACCACUUGCUGUACAUGAAAUUUAAAAAUGGGAUUCAGUCAGUUAUCUUAACAUUUUGAUUUAUUCGUUUUGUCCAUCGCUUGAGAAUAUCAUCCAAAGUCAGCCAAAAAUUCCCCCGGACAACGUGCCCAUCAUCAUUUGUACACCGGGCGAUUUAAUCAUGGAUUUCGUUCUCGGCGGCGUGGCUGCGUGCGGUGCUUGCUUAUUCACAAACCCGUUGGAGGUUGUGAAAACUCGGAUGCAAUUGCAAGGAGAGCUGAAGAGCCGAGGAACCUAUCAAGUUUAUUAUAGGAAUGUAUUUCACGCGUUUUACACGAUAGGUAAAAUUGAUGGACUGACUGGUCUACAGAAAGGUUUGGUACCCGGGCUGGUGUAUCAGUUGUGCAUGAAUGGGGUCCGGCUGGGCUCUUUCGCCAUCAUCGAGUCCUUGGGAUACAUUCACACGGACGGAAGGGUCUCCGCUGCGAAGAGCACUCUGGCCGGGGCCGUUGCCGGUGUCGUGGGUGCUGUCAUGGGAAGCCCGAUUUACCUGGUAAAGACACAUUUACAGAGUCAAUCCACUUCCUCAAUUGCAGUGGGACACCAGUAUAAGCAUCGGGGAAUGAUGCAUGCACUGUUGGCCAUCCACAGACAGCAUGGCAUUCUGGGUUUGUGGAGAGGGGCAAGUGCAGCAGUCCCAAGAGUCAGCGUGGGGUCAGCUGCUCAACUGUCCACUUUCUCUUCCUCUAAAGAGCUGAUCACUGACACACAGAUAUUCUCUAAGGGCAGUUGGUUAAUAGCUCUGAGUGCUGGUAUGAUCAGUAGUGUAGUGGUUGUAUUAGCUAUGACGCCGUUUGAUGUGGUCAGCACACGCCUCUACAACCAGCCUGUAGACCAUCUUGGCAAGGGUGUAUUAUACAGAGGUUUUGCGGAUUGUUUCUCUAAGACACUGAAGAAGGAAGGUAUGACUGGUCUAUAUAAAGGUCUCGGAGCUUCAUACUUCCGGCUUGGUCCUCAUACCAUCCUUUCCCUGCUCUUCUGGAACGAGCUGCGCACUUUAUACCACAAUUACAGCUAGCGUCUCACGACAGCCUGAUGUGGGCAUGCCAGUCAGCAAAGCAUUAUCUCUAUAAUGUAUCCCUGAUUUGCUGGUUAAAGUCAUUUUUAAGUGCACCUAUUAUGUUUUAAAGGUCUCAUACAAUAGAUUUACACGCAUCCAAGGUCAAAAUACACUUUAAUUUGCUCAUAAUUUAAAUUGCAGCAUUACCUUUUUUUCCCAGUGUCAAAAACGACUCGUUCAAUGAUCCGUUCUAAAGGAUUCAUUCUAAACUCCUCCUUUCAGAGAGCCUACUCUGCUCUGAUUGGUCAAAUGUCCCAGUCUGUUGUGAUUGGUCUAAUGCUUACAGCGCGUGUCGGAAAGGAAACGCCCACUACCAUAUCCGAGUUUCAGCUCCGUCUGAAAAAAAUGUCUGUUUUACCUUACUAAUUUGAGCCCGAGUCCGAUAACCCGAACCACCAUUGUAAGCACGACGAGAACAGGACGUUUCUUUGUGGUAAGUUUAUGUGUAGUUUGACAAUAACGUGAGUUAGCCGGUUAGCAGAGGCUAACAGCUAACAGGCUAACAGCCUGCACUGGCUGUACAUGUAAACAGACCAGAGGUGGGUUUUUUGUUACCAAAUUACGUUGGUUAGUACAGAAAGUAAUUCUGGAAUUACUAACGACUCGUUUCAGGUGUUCAGAAUCGUGUCAGUAACUCCAUAUUUCGUGCACUUUGAUUUUUGAAACUUUGCAGACUUUUUUACAUUCACAAACAGCUAUAUAACACACUACAUGAAAGGUAAUAUAUGAAAAACCAUAAUAGGUGCUCUUUAAGAUUGUUCUUUAAGGUUAGAGCCUUAUCCAAUAUUUUAGAUAUUAAUGUUUAAUAUUUUAUUAAGCUCUAGACAAACUUUUUUAAAAGGUGGAAUAUCUUAUCUGAUCAGCUAGAACUUGAAAGACACCCAAAAAGAACAAGGUUUUACAGACAGCCUUAAGAGGAGAUUGAUAACUAAUACUGUAAGAACUUGGUUUAGACAUUUCCUGAAGGACAUGCAAGUGCUUACUAGGCAGGAAAAGAAUAGGGUAAACGUUUUAAGUAGGUGCACCCAUAAUCUUUUUUUUUUUAUUUAUUUUUUUUUUUUUUGGCUGAUACUGAUUUUAACAAACAUUUUACCUUAUUUUCAUGCUUAUCACUGCCGAUGGUUUUAAUUUGGUCAAUAACUCGUUAAAAGAUUAGUUCACCCAAAAAUGAUAAUUCUUUCAUGAUUUACUCACCUUUAAGCCAUCCCAGAUGUUUCU